AUGAGUUCAACGCAAUAGGAGGAAAAUAAACUCUACCAAAACAGCACUUAAGAGCAAUUAGAUAAGGAAAUCCUCAAACAAAAACUCAGGGAAGAAGCUCAAAAAAUUAAAAUAAGAUAAGUAGAAGGACCUUACAACUUUGAUAACCCACAUUUGGAGCACAAAACAAAAAGAUAAAAGAAAUUAGAAGAACUCGAGAAUAAAUACAAAGAUAAGCCAAAAAUUGCUUUUCACACCUUGACCGACGAAGGCAAUCUAAAAUUCAUGCAAAUAAAGAGGGAUAUGAUAUGGACGACACUUGGCUGGUCCUUCAUUGGCAAUUUUGCAGGAAUACUGAUGGUACAAUACAUCGAGAAGUCAAGUGAUAGAUGGAAAACUCUAAAACACAUUAGAAAGAGAGAGGGCAUGAAAGUAGUCAGCUUCAUAGGAACUGUACUUGCUUUUACAUAUUACGGUUAUGGCAGAGCAAGACAAGAUUUUGUUAGGGAAAAGCUAAAGAUUGUCGAUUAAUUUAGCGUGUCGUCAACUACCAAAUGA